AUGGCUGGUAUCAUUGCCAUUUACGGUCUGGUUGUUGCUGUCCUGAUCUCCAACGAUCUUACCCAGGGCAUGGCUCUCUACACUAGUUUCAUCCAGCUUGGUGCUGGUCUCGCUGUCGGUCUUGCCGGUCUCGCUGCCGGUUUCGCUAUCGGUAUCGUUGGUGAUGCUGGUGUCCGUGGUACCGCACAACAACCCAGACUCUUCGUCGGAAUGAUUCUUAUUCUCAUUUUCGCUGAAGUUUUGGGUCUUUACGGUUUGAUCGUUGCUCUUCUCAUGAACUCGAGAGCUCUGCCCGCCGAGUGCUAA